UCCUGCACACACGUUUUGUUGUCCAACACAACCCUCUUCAUACCCAUGUUCCCAUCAUCACGCUCCAAAGACUCUUUCUUCUCCAUUGCAGUCGGCCUUCUCUGAGGGAACAGAGUCAGCAGCCCCAGCCUCCAUGCUGCCUCUUACCUUCAUCUUCUUCCUUCUUCACUCUGGCUGCCUCCAGCGAGGAAAUGGUGGCCUCCAAAAGGAACUGAAGGCGUUAAAGACUGAAUUUGCUGUCCGCCUCUACCAGAGCUUGACAGGAAAUGGAAAUGGGACAAACUUGGUCAUCUCACCAGCCAGCGUGUCUGUCCCUCUGGAGAUACUACAGUUUGGAGCCCAAGGAAACACCUGUUUGCAACUUGAAAGGGCCCUGGGGUAUACAGUUCAUGACAGAAGGGUGCAUGAUUUCCUGAGAAUUGCUCAAGCAGCAGCUACUACUUCUGGCCCAGGGACCAUGAUUCAACUGGCAUGUGCCUUUUUUGUACAAACCGGAACACAGCUCUCCUCUCGUUUCACUGAGCACAUCUCCCUGUGGGCCAACAGCAGCCUGGUGACCACCAACUUCAGUGAGCCUAACAGGACGACAGCUCAGAUCAACAGAUGGGUCUCUGGGUUUGUUGCAGAUGAAAAAAACGGAAAUGUCUCCUUGGAAAGGAUUCAUUCAGCACUUGCUCAGAUGGCUCUGGUGAGCACCAUGUCCUUCCAAAGCAUUUGGCAAAAGAGAUUCUCCUUCACAGACACCCAGGUGUUGUCUUUUACUAGCACAGAAGGCCUCAUACUCAGAGUGCCCAUGAUGUACCAGACUGCUGAUGUCAACUACGGUCAGUUCCAGGUCAUAGAUGAGCAACAAGUUGGGGUACUUGAACUGCCUUAUCGAGGAAGCUCAGUGAGCCUAUUCCUGGUACUCCCUCGGCACAAAGCAACCCCUCUGGCCCUUCUCGAGCCAUACCUCACAGCCAGUGCCAUUCACAUCUGGAUGAACAGCCUGAAGAGAAUAAAGAUGGAUGUUUUCCUACCCAGGUUCAGGAUCGAAAACCACUUCAAUAUGAAAGAUGUUUUAAGUUCUUUGGGGAUCACGGAUCUGUUUGAUCCAUUCAAAGCUAACUUAAAAGGAAUUUCAGGCCAAGAUGAUCUUUAUGUUUCUGAGGCUAUCCACAAUGCCAGGAUGGAAGUUUUGGAGGAUGGUACCAAGGCGUCUGGGACAACAGCUCUAGUGUUACUGAGAAGAUCUAGGACUCCAAUUUUUAAGGCAGAUAGACCAUUCAUCUUUUUCCUGAGAGAAUCCAAUACAGGUAUUUCAAUAAUUUCUUUGAUGGGAUUCACGACACAAACUACACACAAAUGACUGGGCUCUGCUAUCUAAACAAGGGCUCACCUGCUUAAUUGUUAGAUUUAACCUGUAGCACAAUUAAAUGACAUCUUCUACGGUUUAUGAAAUAAGAUAACCCAUCAACAUUCACUCUUAUGAGUCAACUAUGAGGCUUUGACUGUAUUGUGAUUGUGGUUCUGAGGAACCUCAACUACAUCUGCUCCCUUCACUCAUUUGCAGACUCCUGACUUUAGCUCAGUGGUUUUGCAUACAAAUUAUUAUUGCAAUACAAAUUAUUAAUCUUCCCAACGACUGUGUGAUCAAAACAGUUCAGUGGCAUAACAAAUGUAGCUUAUACUUUCAUACUUUUUUCAUUCUAAAAGAAUAUUAAGAAAAUUUGCUUGGUCCAUUAGUUGUUUUCCAACACUAAGUUGAACACCUUAGGAAUUGAGGUUAUUUUUAGUCUACU